UCAAUGUAACUAUUUACGUUAUUGAAAAACUUAAGUCCGAGAAAGGGAAUAUACCGAGAUUACAAACGUUGGGUUACUGGUUCAACUCCAACUUGUGUGAAAAGAGUGCCAUUUAAUUAUCUGUGUACAUUGAUAGAGACAUUGUGAAAAUGCUUACAGACUUUAUAGACAAGGUUAACACUUGCAAGGCAUGCUGGGAAGUAUAGUGUUUUGGAAACAUGGCGGAUUAUUGAAUUCCUGGAGAUGAAAUAUAUGUCAGCCGUUCAUUUGUUCAAAGUGAGGAUGUUUUAGGGCUAUUUAAACCAGUGCUGUAGAAGAUGGAAUAAAAGCACAGGUGGUAGUGAAGUAAGCCUUAGCAGCUUUUAUAGUCAAGACAAUGUUUUUUAUGGAAGAUGAUGAUGACGAAGAGGAUGGAGGAGAGUUUGAUAUUCGAGAAGUUGAAAAGACGAUUGGAGCUCUCAGACAGUGCUACUCCAUCUUCAACCCUGGGACCCAUGUGUGUAAAAGGAACAGAGACCAUGCUAUGAGCUUUGCCCACUGUGGGAGUGGUGUUGUCAUUGGAGAGAAAUAUGCAGAAAUGCACAGGCUUAUGGAGAGAAGGGCACGACUGGAGUUCAUGCGCGAUUAUACCAAUCGCAUAAAUGCAGUGAGGUUGUUUAUUGCCCACCUCGAAGAUCUUUGUCAAGAAGAGUAUCAGACAUGGUAUGCUGUCAAACAUGAACUUGACACAGGAGAGAUCACAACAAAUCUGGAAACUCUAAGCCACAUCUGCGAAGAACUCCGCAUGCACCAUGUGAAUCACUGGAACUCUGUUAAGCAGCAUUUACACACCAGUAAGUGGCUGAGGCCCCAGCUCCCUGAGUUGUGUAUGGAGAUGGACCACAUGCGACUGAUGUUGAUGCAGUACAGAGACGUGGCCCUGUGGUGGGUGGAGCAGAUCAUCAGGAUAGGACUGGAGGUGUUUGCCCACAUGGACGUGGACAACAUCACUCAGACAAUGUUGUGGAAUGUUGCAAGGGGAAUUGAAGACUUCAACUCUAUUUUACAGACAGUGAGACACAUCAACUCUCAUGACAUUCACCCACAUAGAACUUUAAAUGUUGACGGAAAAGCUGCCCUGCACUCAGCACUUUUUAAUUGUGUCUCUAACAACUCCACAGCUCAUGUGGCAAGCAGUGUCAAACCCAUUCCCUUUUCCAAAGUGCUACACACUUUAGCUUUAGAACGUUCCAUGGUGGCAGCCAAGGCCUUACAUUCAUACUUCACUAUGAACCAAGAAUUCCUUUCUCUCCAACAAGCCAAUAGGUUCAGUGAAUUUACCUGGGAAUCGGUUGUUAAUGGGGACAAUGGAAAAAGUAUAUCCUUUGAUACAAGAACUUCAGAUUACCACAGUUCAUCCAGUCAAGGGAGCUGUUCAGGGUUGAAUGUCAAAAUAGGGAACCUGAUAGUGCCUGACCUCACUGGGCUGCCGAACCCCCUGGGGGAGUUUGGUAGACAAGAGAGGGAGUUUGCCAGUAGUUUCCUAGGCGUUGUCUGCCAAUCUACUACACUGCUACGUAAGCAUGUGGUGAAAGGCGGGGCACAUUGGGGUAAAAAGUUCAGCCCAAGGACACAGAGACAUUCAUCUGCAUUUAGGUUUGACAUUGAGCCAAAUUCAAAACCCCCUCUGCUCUCAGAAUUGAAAGUAAAAACAGCUGAGAAGAAUGAAGAGAACUCCCAAAAACUAGAUGCCCAUUUUUCUAGACAUGACCCCAAGCGUAAGUCAGUCACUUGGGGUGACAAUGCAGACUCAACUGUCAAACUCCAGUUGACUUCUAGGUACAUAGACCUGGUGUGGAAUGGCAUUGGAAAUAACUUGUGCUUGGUGUUUGAACAGCAUGUUUGGAACAGAGGUGAUGGGGUAGCACAGGGUUUGGGGCAUGUGGGUUUGUGUCCAGACUCUUUACUCAUGGUGAUUGUAUACAUGAUUCAGCAGGGAGUAGCAAAAGAAUUCUUCCCCGCCCAGUUGGAGGAGCCCCUACAGUCAGUUUCCAGAAGGUUGGUGGCAUCAGCAGCAUGGGCCAAGUGGGAAGAAGCUAUAUGUGGUGCCCUAGCCUCCUCCACUGUAGACAAGUGCAGCCCUACACCUUUAGCUGCAGGGGCCUACAGCACUGUGACUGCCAAGCUACUGAGAGAUACAUUCAGGCCACUUCUUUUUCUUGUCACAUCUGUAAAUAGUAUAAAGACACAGAGAGUCUCCUCAGAGGUGUUAAAACAGUCAGCAGAGGUUAGAAAAGAGAGUUUGGAGAUACUAGUGCCUGCCAUGGCUCGUGUGUUGGCUACAUGUAGCGUGUCUCUCAAAUGGUGCCAUGUCAAGACAUUUCAGUUUCUGUCAGGUUGGGCUGUCAGCCCUUUUCUCCUAGUCACACAGAGUGACAUCAAGGUGCUAGCUGAUGAGAGUAAAAAAGCUCUCACCCUUGUAAAGCCUUUCAUCCCAGAGCCUCCCAAGUCAUCAUCUAACCAGGUGGAACAUCAACUGGUCCUGCAGCUGACAGCACUAAGUUUACAAGUGGGAGAGCAGUGUGGCCAGUUGCAGAUGUUAUCUGGAAGUGCUGUCAAGCAGUUUGCUAGCAGCCUCAAAGCCAUGGCCAGUGACUUCUUUCAAGGUGCUAUGCCACUAGGCAAGGUUUGGAGGAAGAAAAGCAAUCAAGAGUUUCCCACAGAUCCCAAUGAGUAUGUAAAGCAAGCACUGGAUACUUUAGUUGUGCCCAUCUUAAUGGGUGUGGUCAACUUGAAGACCACAGCUCAGCUUGGGACACUUUCAGUUACUGUAGUCUCUGUUUGUGAGACCUGGACUGAACUAAUACUGAAAGAAAAGAUCAAGUUUAGCCUUUAUGGUGCACAUCAGUUGUACCUGGACUUCCUGCAUGUGCGAACAUGGCUCAGUGAGAGUAUUCAGAACGAUGAAGUGAAACAGAGCAUAUUAUCUCUGGACAUAUUCAAGUAUUUGUUUGGAGCUGUCUCUCUCCUCAAGAAACAGCCAAAAAAGAAAGGGGUGGCUACCACUGUAAACAGAGAGGAGAUGAGUACAGAAGUCAGCAUCACCAGCACCACAUCCCAGAGGAACAAUUCCCUGUUAAGCUUUGGGGAAGGAUCUGGUCACACCAGUGAAUGCAACAGUGACCACGAUGAUGUCUCAGUACCAGAUCUAGACAAUGACAACUACAAAAUGCCCAAUUCUGUAGACUGGCUGGCUCUUAGAGUCCAUGGAGGAGCUAGGAGUUGGAAAUUGCCUUCUUGUUUUAACAGAGAAGUGAAUGACUGAGCAUGUUCAUUUAUGGUUGGACUAAACUUUUUUAACAUUUUGUAGUUCUGUCGUCUGCUGUGAUAUCAGUUUUGUGACACUUUUCAUUAAUAGAAGUCAGAACUUACUUGAUAUGCCAUAUUAAAUCUAGUCCAGAUUAAGUUUUUUAGCUUGUCCCUAAGUCAGAUUUUUGUGCAAUAUCUGACAAAUUACUGGUCUUGAAUUGGACUGGAGACCUUGGUACUAUAUAUAUUUUACAUGAUAUUUAAUUAUAUGGAUGCUGUUUUUAUCAACAUGGUCACUUAUUAUUUGAAUUGGAAUGUGCACACUGGAAAGGGGCAAAGAUGAAGGUGAAGUAAAAUAAUAUUGUCACAAUUUUUUUACACAAUUUGUAUAGGUAUGUCUGGUUAUAUGCACUGUGGACUCAAAAGAAAUAGUAUGUGUGUUAGUAUAGUAUGUGUGAAAU